UAUAAAAUACUAUUUUUUGUGCAGAUCACUCAAAUUUUGAGGAAAUUGGAAGUUUAUGAGAAUGAUCCUACAGUCAAGCUCUUGAUUCUAAAGGGACAAGGAAAAGUUUUUUGUUCAAGUGGAGAUGUUGUUGCUGUGGUCUUAUCUAUAUAUGGAGGACAUUGGAGCUUUGGUGAAAGUUUUUACAGGAAACAAAUCACCUUAGACUACUUGUUUGCUACUUCUGAAAAGACCCUGGUUUCACUUAUUAAUGGGAUUGUAAUGGGUGGAGGUGUUGGAUUGUCCAUGAAUUCAAGGUUUCGGGUUGUGACUGAGAACACGGUAUUUGCUAUGCCAGAAGCACAAAUGGGACAUUUUCCAAAUAUUGGUGUAUCGUAUUUCCUUUCUAGGCUCCCAGGAUUCUUUGGAGAAUAUUUAGGGCUUACUGGUGCACAGCUCAAUGGAAUUGAAAUGCUUGCUUGUGGUCUUGCAACUCACUUUGUCCUUUCAAAGGAUCUCCUUUUAUUGGAAACUGCACUAUCUGAGGCAGCUUCAGAUACUUCAACCAUUGCCAAGGUUAUCAAUAGAUUUGCAAGGAGAACAUUCCCAAAACAAGAUAGUGCUUUUAUGAGAUUGGAGAUUAUCAACAAAUGUUUCUCUGCAAAAACAGUUGAAGAAAUAUUGUUAUUGCUGCAAAAUGAGGUUGCAAAUGGAAGUGAUGCUUGGAUCAUUGAGGCAAUAAGCUCCAUGAAAUCAGCUUCUCCGACAAGCCUUAAAAUUACUCUUAGAUCGAUUAGAGAAGCACGAAUGCAAGAACUUGAGGACUGUUUAGUCCGUGAUCAUUUUAUUUGUUAUCACAUCAUUCAAGGGAUACACAGCAUUGAUUUCCUUGAGGGUUCAAGAACAAAAUUAUUUGAGAAAGGCAAAAAGCCCAAGUGGGAGCCUUCAAAACUGGAGCUAGUUAGCGACGAAAUGGUUGAUCAUUACUUCGCCAAAGUUGAAGCUCCGGAUUUUGAACAUUUACGACUUCCUGCUAGAAAAAAUAUACCCAAAGCAUUGGAAUCCAAACUGUAGCUGGAUUGCAGAAGAUGGUAGGGGAAUAAGAGCUGUACACCCUGAAUAAAAUUGUGUCUCCAGUUAAGCUACUAAACUGUUGAGCAAGGAAAUUGCCUUAUCAGACUUACAUAAUGUAAUAAGGAUUGGAAUCUUAUCUUAUAUCCCAUAUGCAUGUGUACCAUCUAAUUCAGCAAUUGAACACUGGAUGUGAAUGAUAAUAAAUGGUACUCCUUUCCAA